AUGGCUCAUGGCUUGCCUCGAGAAACCGACACGGUUAUUGUGGGCAAUGGACCUUCGGCCCUGAUCCUGUCCUAUAUUCUCCACGGCAACAUCCCCUGCUACGACAGCUCGAGUCCUCAUCCCGAUCGUAUCCUGCAUGAGAAACUACUCCGCCAUCACGAUGACUUGCUCAAUGUCGACAUCGAUGCCCUGACGACGCAUUUCUCCGCGUCCAGGUUUUCGUAUUCGACGCAGGCACUCCCGAUCAAUGUCCUGCUCGACACCCUGGUCAGGCCGCUGGGCGAGACCGACGAUGCGCAGAAAAAGACGUGCAUUAAGUGGCAAUACGAUCCUUCAAGGGCCGUUCCUCAUGUGGUGAUUGGCAACACACAAAACGCAGGAGGCCAGUGGGUGGACGACCCGGUCCACGCCAGCUGGGACAUCGGGACACUUAGUUAUGCGGGAAUGCUGUCACUCCCGGGAUACAGUUUCGACGAGCAUUACAAGAGACGGAACGGCCAGACGAUGCCCGUCUACCUGCGGCCCUCGAGGAGAGAGGUGGCAGACUACCUUGCGGCGUACCCGGACAAGGUUGGUAUCGCGAAGUACAUGCACAACGGGCAGCACAUCGCGCGAGUGUCGCGGAAUCAGGACGGUUUCUACAUCGCGUCGCACCACCUGGCUUGCCAGAACCUUGUUCUCGCGUCGGGCAUUUUCGACACGAUCAUUCCACCUCCGGCCAUGUUUGAUCCACUCGUUGGCCUCGACGACAGCUGUCCUCAGCCGUCGUCAGAUCCUAUCCUCGUCAUCGGGUCGGGUUUCAGCGCCGCAGACGUGAUCAUAUCGGCGCCGCCGAGUCAAAAGAUCAUCCACGUCUUCAAAUGGGACCCGGCCGCCUCGCCGUCGCCGUUGCGAGGUUGUCACCGACAAGCAUACCCUGAGUACGCGGGCGUGUACCGGAGAAUGAAAGCUGCCGCCCUUUCAUCUUCGCCGUCGAGAGAUCGGCGACCGAGGAUGCCCCGCUCGCAGUCAAAUUUUGACACGAGCCGAAACUGGACUGCAACCUACGAAGGACUCCCCAAUACCAAAGUCGUCGACGUCCAACUAACCUCGGACGGUGCCGGGAUGGUAACCUUCCAAGGAGGGGGCGAGGAUCAACCAUUUCAGCGCAGGGUUAGCGGCCUCGCUUACGUCGUCGGAAGACGGGGAUCCCUGUGUUAUUUGUCGGAAGAGCUACGUCAAGAAUUUCUCCACGCCGACUGCCACAUGAUAUCCGGGCAGACUCUGCGCCAGCAAGCCAACGAAGACCUGGAAAUUGCGCCGCACGUGUUCGUGACGGGCAGUCUUACAGGGGACUCGUUGAUUCGGUUCGCGUACGGCGGGUGUGCGUAUGCAGCUGGAAAGAUCAUGGGCCGCCGGCCCCGAUGCUCCGCCCAAGACAAAGAGAUCAAAGGAGGAAACGGUGUCAAUGCUGCACUCGUUAGAAAAACAAACCACUGUCGAUGUGAGACGCCGUCGCCCAAGAUCCCGGCAAUGAACGGCCUCGACGGACAUGAAGCGAGUCCCAUGAGCUUGGCCAAGAUGUGUAAUGGGGUGCCUCUGGAUAGGCGAAAGGAUUGA